AUGAAGAUCCAGUACAGAGAUGAGAGCCUCGAUUUUGAGGACAUUCCCGACGAGACCAUCAGCCACCUGGCUUCAAGAGCUGCGGCGCAUAUUGGAGCGGAUGUAGAACGCAUUUCGUUCUUCUUCCUGCCCAAGCCGGGAUUCGUAAAGCACCCCUUCGCAAAGCGGAAACUGAGCGAUUUCAUUACCCCGACCACAAGAAUAAAGCUGGUUGGAACGCCCAAUUCGGAAGUCAAGAAUAUGAGCGAAUUGAGCGCAGCUAGUCGCAGAAGUCCCCGCCCAAGCAACUUCAAGCCGGUCAAAGCGAACAAAGUGCGGGACUGGAAGAAGGUUCAAGAGGAGAGCACCUACACAUUUCAUGCCAUCGAACCGUUGAAGUACUUGCCAAAUCCAGAGAAGAGCAGGAGGUACCUCGAGCGGCUAGCCAGCGAUCCGGGCAUCAAAGCAUCCAUGCGCAAGCACCGUUUCUCUGUGGGCCUGUUAACGGAAAUGAACCCCGCCGAACAUACCACCCACGAAUCAAAGACACUUGGCUUGAACCGCAACCGCGGCGAGGUCAUCGAACUGCGACUGCGGACAGAUGCCUACGAUGGGUAUCGUGACUACAAGGUCAUACGUAAGACUCUUUGCCACGAGCUAUCGCACAAUGUGUGGGGUGAGCAUGACCGCAACUUCUGGAACUUGACCAAGGAGAUCGAGCAAGAGGUGGCGCGCAAUGACACACUCCACGGAGGGCAUCGACUGUCAAGCGAGGAGUUUUACAAUCCAAACGACUCCUUUGAAGAGGCUGAACAUGCAGAUCAUGGGGGUUGGUCUGCAGGAAACUUCGUUCUGGGAGGAUCAACGAGCGAUGCUGGCUUGAGUCGUCGCGAGAUUAUGGCAAAAGCCGCCGAGUCGCGGAUGCGGAAAGAAAGAGAAGCAGCCGAACAAGGGGAUUCUCCUUCUCCGUCUUGA